GUUCCAACAAUUUUAACAGCCAAUGUUCCUCCUAAGGAAAAUGCUUCAGAAAUUGUCGAUGCUUAUGAUAAUCAAGCAGCUGAUGAUGAAUAUGACUAUAUUGAUUAUACUUUAAACUAUGAAAGUGAUCGUGAAGAGCUAAGCAAGCUGGAAGAAAUCGCUUUGGCCGAAGAAAAGAAAGUUGAUACUACUACUUCCAACGAUAAAGAUCAAACUUCAUCUUCAAGUGAUGACUUGACAAUUCAAGGAAUCGUUACUGAUCAAACUGAAGUAAUUGUUUCAUCAACUACCACACAAUCAAGACGUGAAAAUUCAAGUCGUACUUCUAGUACCGAUUCUUUUCAAACGGAUGUAUCAGAAAAAGAAAAUUAUAAUGUUUCUGAUCAUGAAAGUGACACUUCAUAUGAAAAGGAUGAAUUAGAAAAGGAUGAAAAAAUUAUUGAAUAUGUAGAUCAGGUUAAUAUAGAAGUCAAUCCCAGUGUAGAAGAAAUUUUCGUUGAUAAAUCCAAAGAUCAGAAAGAAAUCGUCGUAUCAACAGAAAGAAAACUUGACCCCACUGAAGAAGAAUUGCCGAGCGAAAGUGCCUCCGAUAAGUCCGAGGAUAAUUCCGGUGAGAGCAAACUAGGUAAAUCUUUGGAGAAAAAUGUUAAUGAUUUUGUAGAAAAUCCUUUAGUAGAUAGUUUCUCAGAAGAAUCUGAAAUUAAAAUUGUGGACGAGAAAAGUGAUAACGGUUUGGAAGGGAACCCUUCAGAAAAUGUUCCAGAAUCUAUUUUUGAUGAAUUAGAAAACAAGAAAUUGGAUGAUAUUAAUUCCAACACCAUUUUUUCUAAUACGAGUCAAGAAUAUGUUACAAAGAAUUUAUCUGAGGAAAAUGUUCCAUUAUAUAACAAUAAUGAUAAUGGAGAAAAUUUACAAAUUAUUCCAGAAGAUCAUGAAAUGGAAAUUUUACCAAUUAAUGCCAAUUCCUCUUCAUUUUCUUCUGAAGAUAAACAAAGCGAAAGAGAUUCAAUGAGUGAAACCUUUACUUCAAAAACUAGUAGUUUUUCUUCGACAUUAAUACAUCAAUCAAUCGAUUUUACGAAUGGGACAGAAAAUGAAAAUUUUGAAAAUAUAUAUGAUGAAAAACAUGAUUUAAAUCGUUUAUCCGUAGCUUCUCUUAGAGAGAAUCCAGAAUUAAAUGACAUUUCUUUAGAUGAUGACACUCUAAGUGCACAAGAAUCAUCUAAAGAAUGGAAUUUGGCGGAUUGGGGUUUCUCAACAUCCACUUCGUUAAAAACAAUUUCAACAUUUUUUAGUCCACGUUCGACCACUUCUACUGUUACUUCAACAUCACCAAAAAGUACCAGUAGCGGUGAAAAAAUUGAUCCCCAUCGUAUGUCAACUGUAUCAAUGACAUCUACUGGUUCUACUGGUUCUAAUUAUGAUUUAUUAUUAGCAAGACUUGAAAGGGAAAAUCAAAUGUUACAAGAAGAUCCAAAGGCAAAGAGGAUGUCUCUUCAAGGAAUUGCCGACAUAAAGGCUAGUUUCGAACGUGUGCAAUAUGAGGCUACUGGGGGCGAAGCUGACGAUGACAUUGAUUGGGAUUUCUGGGGUCAAAUAAUUUCCGAUUAUGAAACGGUUGCGAGGUCGCAGCCGCGUCAACUAUCAAAAAUGAUUCAGAAAGGAAUUCCACAAGCUUUGCGUGGUAUGAUAUGGCAACUUAUGUCAAAAUCAAAAGAUAGUGAAUUAGAGUCGACAUAUGCUCAAUUGCUAAAGGAAACGAGUCCUCAUGAAAAGAUGAUCAUAAGAGAUUUGAAUAGGACUUUUCCAAAGCAUAAAUAUUUUCAGGAUCAAGACGGUAUAGGCCAAGAAGGAUUAUUUAACGUAGUAAAGGCAUAUUCGCUUUAUGAUACGGAUGUUGGAUAUUGUCAAGGAAUUUCCUUUGUUGUUGGACCUUUACUUUUAAAUAUGCCUGAUGAAGAAGCAUUUUGUGUACUUGUUAGAUUAAUGAAAUUCUAUAAUAUGCGAGGUCAUUUCUUGCCUGGCAUGGAUGGUUUACAACUUCGCCUUUUUCAAUUUGAUCGACUUGUUGAAGAAAUGCUACCUAAAAUUCAUAGUCACUUACAAGCGCAGGGAAUAAAUUCUUCAAUGUAUGCUUCACAAUGGUUCAUGACACUUUUUGCAUAUAAGUUCCCUUUAUCUUUAGUUUUUAGAAUAUAUGAUACUAUUUUUACUGAAGGAAUUGAAGCUAUAUUCCGAUUUAGCAUUGCACUUUUAAAGAAAAAUGAAAAAAGAAUCGUAGAAAUGGAAUUUGAAACGCUUUUAGAAUAUCUAAAAAGUGGAUUAUUUGAAAAUUAUCAGAUUACGCAUACUGGGGUUCUUGCUCAAUUAGUUAAAGAGACGCAAUAUCACACUAAUGAUUUUGUUAAGGAUGCAUAUAAUAUACGGAUUACCACCAGAAAAUUAAAUAAAUAUCAACAAGCAUAUUAUGCACAACAAGAGGCUGAAAAAAGAAAAGUAUUAGCAGAAGCCGAAGCGACAGAAAAGUUACGAUCAAGCAAUAAUCAAUUAUCAAGUCAUGUUAAAAAUUUAGAAGGGAGUUUACAAACACUCAAUCGAGAACAUGUUGAAUUAGCUAACGUGUUAGUUAAUACUAAAAUGGAAUUAGCAAAAGUACAGAAUGAAAAUGAUGAAUUACAUUCAAUAGUAGCAGAAUUGCGUAAAACAGUUGAAGAUCAACCAGCAAAAGUUGAAGCCAAUUUACGAGAAGAAAUGAAUGCUUUAGCAGAAAAAAAUAUUAGUCUCGUACAAAGUAAUAAUAAUUUAGAAGAUCAAUUAUCAAAUUUAGAAAAUAUGUUAAUUGAGAUUAAAAUGAGAUACGCUGAAAGUUUUCAGACCCCUGCUAAGACAACCGCACCUCAAGCAUUUGGAGCUUGGCAAAAUCCCCAAGCCCAACAACCUUCUGCAUUUGGUUUCGGUCAACAAGCUGCUCCGUCAGCUUUUGCAACUCCUGCCCAAACCCCUUUUGGAGGUUUUGGUCAAACGCAACAACAAACACCUUCUUUUGGUGGUGCAAGCGCUACACCUUUUGGGUUCGGUCAACAACCACAACCACAAGCUGGAGCUUUUGGCUUUGGUCAAAAUCAACAAUAUCAACAACCUGCUGGACCAUCUGGGUUUGGCUUUCAAUCUCAACCACAGGCAGGACCUUCAAAUGUUCAAACUUCUAGUGCGUUUGGGUUUGGAAUACCAGGUCCUUCCAACGCAACCGUUCAAGCUACUGGGACAGCAUCAUCAGCACCUGGCAUAAAUCCACGAUUGACGGGUACUCAAGAUCCAAAAUUCGAACCAUUCAAGGAUCGCGAACCUUCAGGAGUAUAUCAAAUCUUUCAGAAUCUUACGGCUAUGGAAGCAUUUCGUCCAUGGUCUCCUGAGGAAUUGCGAUUAUAUGAUUACGAACUUAACCGGCGUCCUGGAGUCCAACAAACGCCAUUAGUCCGGCCAGCACAAUCCUUACCACCAAUUAUAAAUGCAUCAACGCAAGCAUUUCAAUUACCAUCACAACCGAUAGCGCAACAACCAAUGGGAUUCGGAUUCGGUCAAUCUCAAAUAGCGCAGUCACCGUUCUCGCAGCAACCACUUGCGCAGCAACCAUAUGGGCAAUCACAGUUCGCUCAGCAACCAACGGGACCGCAACAAUUUGGACAAUUUGCUCAGCAGCCAGUUGUACAACCGCAAUUGCCGUUUCAACAGCAAGCUCCGGCCACGACUCCGAUUCCGAAUCCGUAUAAUUAUCAAUAUACCGGUAAUCUUUAUUUCAGGUUGCAUGGUACGAAUAAUCCCCCACCACUUGUGUUUGAAACAAAAUUGAAGCCCAAAGUAGAUAAGGGCAAAGGCAAGGAAUUUACUUUACAACCACAACAGUACGGAAUAGUAGGAACGUCAACCACGGGUCCACCCGUUAGCGUGACAAUUGGUGACACAUCUAAAGUAUCGAAAGCGGACCAACCUGCAACGAGCACAGUUCCAACAAUUCCAUUCUCAUUAAAUAAUGCAGUUCCAACUACAACAAUUCAAAUAGUUUCUACAUCAGCUUCCGUCCCUUUAUUAAAAACACCAACGGUAGCUGACACGAAACGUCCUGUUACUAUUACAACGGGUCCAACAAUAUCAUCGAGCAUUGUACCUACUAUUACUAAAGAAAAGCCAAAAGGGGGAGAUUCAGAUGACGAUUCGGAAUAUGUAGAAUUCUUUCCAGAAAAAAAAACUCGUACAACUCCACUUCCUCCUGAAGAAUACGAGAGGACCCUUACAGAAGUAGAUUUCCCUCGUAGAAAAAAGAACGAACCGGUUUAUAACGAUGGUAUUUUAACACCAAAAAAUAUCAAAGAACCAACAUGGGGAUAUAAUACAUCUUACAGAAGAACCGUUCCUAAUAUUCGUCAUGGCAAUUCAGGGAAGGAUUUACUAGAGCAACUUAAACUUAAAGAUAGAUCGGUUUCAAAGAGUCUCCCAAAUACAAUAGAGGCCAAUAAAAAGAAAGUUCCAGGAUCAGAUAUUCCUCCAGAAAGUGAUGUAGAUGCGCGACUAGUUUACGAGUUGCUUCUUAAACCUCGGCGAGACGGUCCAUACGCUUAUAGAGAGGAGUAUGAUGGAACUUGGACUCCUCUUUAUGGAGAUGGCAGGGAUGAAAAGCCAAAAUGGGAACCAAUGAAAUGGAAGCAACAAGUGUUCUAUAAUGAUUAUGUUAAGGAUAUCAAAAGAAGUAAGCUCCCAAUAACAGAAUGGAGAUAUGAAUCUCCUAGUUGGUGGGAUAAACAUCCUUAUAAACCAGUUCCCAAAGAGUUGAUAAAGGAUAUUGAUCAAUACGAUAAUUCCAAUGAAGCAUUUGUUGAAGAUAUGGUAGUUAAGAUGGGGAUUAGACCCGAUCCUCCAAAAGACCAAGUCGACGCACUGAGCAGACAAGUCAAUGUAAAACUUGUGCGUGUACAGAAAAAGCCCAUGGAAUGGACAGAAACCAUCACAGUUACCGAACCCUGUAGCUGCUGCAAUGUCAUGGUUCAAAAAUCUAAAGAGGAAAAGAUGACUUUCAAUAAACUUUUUAAUCCACUUAUUGGAGGUUUUGAGUCACAACCAACAUACCCAAAUCAACCUUGGGUUUUUGUGUAUGCGGCGCUGCCAGGAGAGUUUGAAGAUCGCACUCCAACCUAUGCAGAGUUGUUUAAUAAAUAUAAAUCAGGAAUCCCACAGCGUAAUAUGUAUAUCCUUGAUGCUCCACCCAGGAUGCCACGAGUCGAUUUCAGCAACAUUAUUAAAGGAGAAAUGGAGUUUGCCAAAAUCGUAAAGGAAGACGUUCAUAAAAUUUGUCACCAGGACAAGAAAUGUGAUUGUCCGUAUACGAAAAAAGAAUCUAAGACCAAAGAAGCUCCAGCAAUACCAAGAUCACAUUUCUAUUGCUAUGAUCGUCUUGGCAAACAGCCAAGAGAAAACAAACCAACAACUUUUCAAACUGUUCAUGGAUACCAACCCUUCAGUAAGCACAAGACUCCCGAAUCGGAGGAAAAUACACCCACCAAAAAGCAUCGGAUUCUUGUACCUCCUCAGGGUGAAGAUGACGAACUUUAA